AUGGAUGCUGGAAACAUUUUCCAAGAGCCUUUGCCCAAAGCGUUCUCAUCGAAAACCCUGUACUACAUCAGAACCAUUCUGUCAAAAUUUGUGAUCAUUGAUCUUUAUUUAUUUGGAAACCCACAAAACAGCCAUAUUGAUGACAAAUUGAUGUCGAUUGUUUCAUCUCUUAAUUAUGAGGGAAAUCGGGGGAUACCGCCCUUAUAUUUAGGGAGUAACGGACUGAAAGGGUUGUUGCCGGAAUGGGCUUACAAUUGGAGCAACGGAAUAUCGAAUGAAACCAUAUCCAGCGACAAAAACUUGUUUUCAUGCUGCUCUAAUUCAAGGGACAUGAAAAAUAAAUGGUUAGCCAACGAUUUUCGGUGUGAGAAUGAGGACAAAGGUAGCAGAUGGUGGAGGAUUACGGAGAUAUACAUGAACUGUGGAGGAAAUGCGACGAAAGACGAACAAGGGAAGGAAUACGAAGCGUAUAAUAUGAACCCAAACGGGAAGUCAAGUUUCGUGAUGAGCAAGAAUCGGAGUUGGGGAUACAGCAGUUUGGGAUCAUUCCGGUUCGCCCCGACCAAUAAGUACACCUUGAUUCAAACCUGCAACAUUACCCUGCCUGAUGCGCCGCUCUACGCCGGGGCUCGGGUGGCUCCCAUCUCUUUAACCUAUUAUGGCUUCUGUUUGAGGAAUGACGCUUACAAUGUGAGGCUUGAUUUUGCUGAAUUAGGAAACACUGUGUUGCGCGACUUCAACAUUGCACAACAAGCUGGUGGUAUUUUCAACUUCCAAGAAGGAUUGGUGACACUGGGACGGUUUAUAAGAGGACACAUGCCACCAGAAUACAUGUUGGGUCUGCCAUUGACACCUAAAGCAGAUGUUUAUAGUUUUGGAUUGGUGACACUUGAAAUCAUUAGUGGAGUACCUCUUAUUAUGGUCAAGCCUAAAAAGGAAGACAUCCACCUUCUCAAUGGUGUUAAGUCAUUCUUCUUAUUCUUCUUUUAUGGCCGGCUAUGUCGGAAGUCGUCCAAAUUCUGGAAGGGAAAAAGAGAUGGGUCAAGGGCAGCAAACGUAUCAACCCUUCACCUAUGA